AUGAUGGAUGCAAAAUCAUUGUCUUUACCCAUUGAACCAGGAUGGACACCAGGUGAGUCACCUCCUUUUAAUAAUACUGGACUGUAUCGAGAAAUGGUUGGAAGUUUGAUGCAUUUAACACAAGGCACAAGACCAGAUUUAUCAUAUGCUGUUAAUGUUGCCUCAAGAGUUCAAGACUCACCAACUCAGGAGCACUUUGCAUUACUCAAACGAAUAUUUAGUUAUCUUAAAUCAACAAUUACAGAUGGCAUUAAGUUUACGAAGCCUAUAGCAAGGCUGACCAUGGUGGGGACAGAGGCACUAGACGUUCAACAAGUGGCAUCCUGCUCAAGUUCCAUGGUGGGUCAGUUGUGUGGAAAAGUAAAUUACAGCAAUGUGUUGCUCUUUCUUCAAUGGAGGCAGAAUAUGGGGCUGCAAGUGAAGCUUGUAAAUCACUUGUAUGAUUAG